AUGGCGAGUCACACACUUAAAGGACCCGAGCUAAACUACUUCACGACGGAGCUUGAACUACUUGCGCUGACCUCGGCUCUCGAAAAAUUCAGAAGCUACGUCUACGGUAAGCCAAUCGAAGUGCGUACCGAACACCAAGCGUUGACGUUUUUGCGUACCAGCCGAUUUUUGAGCCAAAGAUUAUUAAGAUGGAGCUUGAUGAUCCAGGACUAUGAUCUGACGAUCAAGCUCAUUCCUGGUAAGAUGAACGUACUCGCCGACGUACUGGGUCGACCGAUAGGCAAGGCCGACAAUGCACAAGACGAAGCCCAUAUCUACGCAAUGCUGGCGAGGCAGCCACAGAAAUCAAUCGUAAAAGAAUUGAAAAAUACAUGUGAAUUUCAAGCUGACGAUCUGCACUUGAAGCAAAAGUCUCGGGAAGAUCCGGGAAAAAGUAAAGCGGAAAAUUUCGGAAAAUCUGAGCAAUCGGAAAAAUCCGAUUGCCCUCGCCAGGAUUUGAACCCAAGGCUCCUCGAAAACUUCUACUUGGUGCCUUGCAUUGCCAGAUUCGAUGCCACUGACGAGUACAACUCCAAUGCCUCUGCAAACAUGCGAGACCAGCAGUUCCACGUCAAAAACAUUAGAAAAGUACGAAAACUCUUGAGAGACAACGACUACCCAUCAGCUUUCAUCAAUCGACACGUAUUCAAAAGAAUGUGGACCCUCAAGCAUUUCAAACCAGACUCACACACAACGAGACCCAAUCCGAUAUGCAAAGCAAUUUUAAAAUUACCGCACAUCAACCACUUCAGAAGCUCCAAAGUAGAAAAAAUGAUGAAAUAA